CCCGCCCCGGUCUCGCAGAAAGUAAAUGGAAGCGAGUAAGUUUGAGCGCUCUUGCGAUCCGUAGGAAGGGCUUCUUCCGCUUCGGUGCGGGAAACGUCCGGGGCGGCAGCAAGCGCCCCCCUGGAGCGGCAACUAUCUAUGGUUUCUCUCUGAGAAACACCCGCGCUGGACUGGCGGAGAUGGCGGCUGCGUGCCCUUCUGCGCCGGCGUCGAGGUUCGUGGUGGUCGGCGGAGGCAUCGCGGGCGUCACCUGUGCCGAGCAGUUGGCUACUCAUUUUCCAUUAGAAGAAGUUCUUUUGGUUACAGCUUCUCCUGUUAUUAAAGCAGUUACAAAUUUUAAGCAAAUUUCCAAAACAUUGGAAGAAUUUGAUGUUGAAGAACAACCAAGUACUAUUUUAGAAAAAUGUUUCCCCAACAUUAAGGUUUUAGAGUCUGGAGUAAAGCAGCUCAAGGCGACAGAGCACUGCAUUUUAACAGAAGAUGGCAAUCAGUAUAAAUAUGAAAAACUCUGUCUGUGUGCUGGAGCUAAACCAAAGUUAAUAUCUGAAGGAAAUCCAUAUGUAUUAGGAAUCCGUGAUACAGACAGCGCUCAGGAAUUUCAAAAGCAGCUCACUAAAGCUAAAAGAAUAACAAUCGUUGGGAAUGGGGGCAUUGCACUUGAGUUAGUGUAUGAAAUUGAAGGCUGUGAAGUGAUUUGGGCUAUUAAAGACAAAGCAAUUGGGAAUGCUUUCUUUGAUGCUGGAGCAGCAGAAUUCCUGACCUCAGAGCUCACUUCUAAAAAAUCUGAAGCAAAAAUCACAUGUAAAAGAACCAGAUAUACAAUAGAAGAAAGUGAAAGGAAAGCAAGUGCCAUAGCUGAUGCUGGUAAUCUAGGCAGUGCCUUGGGACCUGAUUGGCAUGAAGGUUUAAAUCUUAAAGGAACGAAAGAGUUUUCCCACAAAGUUCACAUUGAAACCAUGUGUGAAGUUAAAAACAUAUAUCACCAGGAAGAAUUUAAGCAACUGAAGAAAACAUCCUUGACUUUUCCUAGAGAUUGUCACAAUACGUCAGCGGAUAAAGAUAUGUGGCCUGUAUAUGUAGAAUUGACCAAUGAGAAGAUAUAUGGCUGUGAUUUUAUUGUCAGUGCAACUGGGGUCAUGCCAAAUGUUAAGCCUUUCCUCGAUGGCAACAAUUUUAUGCUAGGUGAAGAUGGUGGCCUGAAAGUAGAUGACCAUAUGCGUACAUCAGUUCCCAGUAUAUAUGCUGCAGGUGAUAUCUGUACUGCAUCAUGGCAACCUAGUCCAGUCUGGCAACAGAUGAGACUGUGGACUCAGGCUAGACAGAUGGGAAACUAUGCCGCAAAAUGCAUGGCUGCAGAUACUCUGGGAGACUCUAUUGACAUGGAUUUCAGUUUUGAACUUUUUGCUCAUGUAACAAAAUUUUUUAACUAUAAGGUUAUAUUAUUGGGAAAGUACAAUGCCCAAGGCUUAGGUUUAGAUUACGAAUUAAUGUUGAGAUGUACCAAAGGACAAGAAUAUGUUAAAGUGGUCAUGCAAAACGGACGGAUGAUGGGAGCCAUUCUUAUUGGUGAAACAGACUUGGAAGAAACAUUUGAAAAUUUGAUUUUAAACCAGAUGAACCUUUCAGCAUAUGGAGAGGAUUUGCUAGAUCCAGAUAUUGAUAUAGAAGACUAUUUCGACUAAAAAAUAUGUAAGCCACUGGAAAUAAGAAGAAUCUCAAGUCAAGGCGGAAAGUUGAAUCAUUGUAGCAACUUAGAUGAUAAACAUUAUGCUGAAAUUAACUAUGCAGAGGUCUUAAUGAUGAAUAUUUAUAUGGAAAGAUGUGAAAUUAAUUUAAAAUAUCAAUAAGCAUGCCCAACUAAUUUUUGUGUUUUUAUACUAUAUUACUGAUCAACUUGAACACAUAAUAUAGUUUGGAAAUAUGUAUGUUACAUUUCAUUGACUGUUAGGUUCCCCUAAAGAAAGGACCAUAAAGGCAAUCUAGGCAAACCUCUACCUGAACAAGACUACCCCCUCUAUAUUCAUACUCAACAACUGGUCAUCUAGCUUUGGCUUGAAUAUUUGGUUGAAGGGUGGGAAGGCAGGAUGAGCAAGAAGAGAAACUAUACCUUCCAAGAUAGCCUGUUUCACUUUAAGAUGGCUUUAAUUGUUAGGAAGUUGUUUUUUUCUUACAUUAAGCUUAAAUUGGCCACUUCUACAUAUUUAUUCCUAGUUCUGUCCAUAUUCCUAAUUGGUCCCAGCAAAACAAGUCUAAUGCCUCAUCUUUGUGACACUUGAAGAAAGCAAUCAUGUUCUUCUCUAAAUCUGAUCUUCCUAUAGUUUCAAAGCUCUACUGUCUUUAGUCACUCUUCUUUGAGCCCUCUAUAGCUGAAUACAGAGCAAAUAUUCUAGGUAUUUGACCAACUUUCUUUUCCUUAUUUACUCCCCUUCACACCUUCUGCAGUUCAGUCUUGCUAUUCUUCACAUCUGGCACUCCCAUCUCUAUGCAUUUAUACACUGUCCCCCAUGCCUGGAAUGCAUUCUCUCAGUCACUUCUUGGAAUCCUUAGUUUCAAAGCUCACCUCAGGUGCCCCCUUUAACUGAAGGCCUUUCCUGAUUCUCUCAGCUGCUCAUUGCCUCCCUCCAUGCCCCCCCAUUUUGUUCAUUUUGAACAUAUUUAUGUAUAUAUCAUCCCCCCUAAUAAAAUAUAAGCACCCUACAGGCAGGGAAUUUAUCCCCAGUGUCUGAUGCAUAGUAGGCAUUUAAUAAAUGUUUAAUAAUUGGCUAAUUGACCAAGGCAGAGUACAGCAAAACUACAGCCUCCCUAAUCAUCUACUACACUGUCUCUCAAUGCAGCCAAAGAUAACUUUUUCAGCUAAUAUAUCAAUCUGUUGACUCACAUUGAGUUACCAGCCCACUAAAACCCAUAGCUCUUUUGCACAUGAACUCUGCUAUAUCGUACAUGUGAAAUUGAUCUUUUAAAAUGUGUAUGUUUAUUCAGUUUGUAGCCUGUUGAAGAUUUUUUGAAUCAUAUCACUCAGAAAUGAUAGAUGUACAAUCUGUACCUUUAUUCAGGUCACUGAUUAAAAAAAGGUUGAACAACA